CACCGUCUCAUCUCCUUUCUCGCUCUUACUCUCUCCGUCUUAUCAACACCUAAACCCCAAUCCAUGGCGGCUUCCUCAUCCCUCGUCCCUUCCUUCUCCUCCCGACUCCACACCGUAUCCUCAGCCAAACCUCAGACCUCGUCUCUCGCUAUCUCCUCCCUUUCCUUUGCCCCACCCAAAUCCGUCGGCCGCUUCAAUUUCGUCUCUUUUCGCUCUUAUACCUCUCUCCCUUUCCUGCGAAAGGCGCCGACCUUGGGCUCGGGGAUCGUCCCCAAGGUGGCAGUGUCGUCGGGCUUGGAUCAGGAAGAGCAUGUCGAGUUGUCGGGUGGAGAGGCGGAGUUCUCGCCGGACUUGAAGCUCUUUGUCGGGAACCUUCCCUUCAACAUCGACAGUUCCCAGCUCGCUGGUCUCUUUCAGAGAGUCGGAAAUGUUGAGAUGGUUGAGGUCAUAUAUGACAAGGUAACCGGAAAGAGCAGAGGGUUUGGGUUCGUGACCAUGUCUACCAUCGAGGAGGUUGAAAUAGCUGCUCAACAGUUUAAUGGUUAUACAUUUGAAGGGAGAUCAUUGAGGGUCAACUCAGGACCUCCUCCUCCAAGAGAUGAAUUCCCAUCUAAAGGAUCCCGAGCUAGAACAAACCCUGAAGCUGCAAACAGAGUAUAUGUAGGCAAUCUUUCAUGGGGUGUUGACGAUUUGUCUCUUGAAACUCUUUUCAGUGAGCAAGGGAAGGUUUUAGAGGCCAGGGUCGUUUAUGAUAGGGAAAGCGGCAGGUCGAGAGGCUUCGGCUUUGUCACCUAUAGCUCUGCUAAGGAGGUUGGCAAUGCUAUAACAUCACUUAACGGCGCUGACCUGGAUGGAAGAUCUAUACGCGUUACGGUAGCAGAACCAAGGCCAAGGCGCGGCUAUUGAUCCUUUCCCCCCUUUUUUUUUGUUUUGAUUUUUCGAGUAUCAGUAAAAGUGUGUUAAAUUUAUUGCUGAUAGCUUCGACUCUGUGGUCUGUCUGUGGAGUCAUGACCAUUGCAUUGCACUUUAAUUGCAUUUGAAAGCUUUGCCCAAGAGCAGCUUCUUAUUAUUA